AGGUUUUGUGGUUGUGAUUCCUUAUAUGUCCAUUCCCCAUCUUCCUUCUUUAACCUAAAAAGGAACGCCCUUUUCAUCCCCUUCAUAGCCUCCUUCUCUAUUCCGCCAGUCUUUUCAGGCCCCAUCUUCCACAGCUCAGCUCCACGCUAAACGACCAUACACAUUACACUCCACAAGAACAAGCCCCUCUGCUACCCAAUACCCUUUUUGUUCUUAUUCCCUUCAAAAUCCAACCGCAAUCCAUAAUCGCCCGCUCCUGCCUUCUGCCCUCUGUUUUUCGCAGUCCAAAACAGAGAAAAGGGGUUUCUGAUGGCGCCUUAUUAUAUUAGAACUCAUCGGAAUCGGAGCCACCGCCGCGGUGCCUCCGAUGGGUUGCCGUUUAUCAGCGAUGAAUGCUUGAUUGAAAUGGUUAAGAAGGAAACCCAUCACUUGCCUCUUGAUGGGUACCUCGGGAAGUUCCACAACGGCGACUUGGAUGUCCGAGCAAGAACAGAGGCCGUCGAUUGGAUUAAAAAGGUGAGUACUCAUUUCAGAUUUGGACCUCUCUGUAUAUACUUAGCCGUAAACUACUUGGAUCGCUUCCUUUCUGCUUAUGAUCUACCCAAAGGCAAAGCUUGGACAAUGCAGCUGCUUGCUGUGGCAUGUAUGUCCCUUGCAGCUAAAUUGGAGGAGACAGAAGUCCCUCUCUCGUUGGAUUUACAGGUGGGUGGAUCGAAGUUUGUGUUUGAAGCAAGAACCAUUGAAAGAAUGGAGCUUUUAGUGUUGACAACAUUGGGAUGGAGAAUGCAAGCAGUUACACCUUUCUCAUUUAUCGAUCAUUACCUCCGAAAGAUCCACGACGACGAAUUAUCUCUCGAAAUGUCAAUCGGGCAAUCCAGUCAUCUACUCUUGAACAUAAUACAUGGUAUCGAGUUCUUGGAAUUCAAACCGUCGGAGAUUGCAGCAGCUGUGGCGAUAUCGGUCGCGGGGGAAGCUCAAUCAGUGGACCCUGAUAGAGCAAUUCAUCUUCUAAUUCAGCAGCUCCAAAUGGAAAGAGUUCUUAAGUGUCUUAAGUUAAUCGAUGACACGUUCGUCUGCCGGGGUGGGUCGGGGAAGGGCUCGAGUGCGUCGAUGUCGUCGGAGCGACGGAGCCCGAGCGGGGUGUUGGAGGUGACAUGCUUGAGCUAUACAAGCAAUGAUACAGCAGUUGGGUCAUGUGCUAACUCAGAUGCUACAAAGAGGAGGAGAUUGAACAGACCCUGUGAAGUAAAUUUUUGAUGUGGUAAUUUUAAAAUAACAGCGGUAAUUUUAAAGGAAGAGGAGGAGGAAGUGGGAAGUGUUUGAUUUUGAGAUACACUUUCUUCUACGUGGCUAAUUUGUAUUGGUUGAGACC